GGGGCGCCAGCAAAGCCGGUAGAUCUGACAGCAGCGGCCAACGGCUUGCCGGAAAUUCGUUUCAGAGGUGUACGGAAGAGACCAUGGGGCCGAUUCGCCGCCGAGAUCAGGGAUCCGUUGAAGAAGGCGCGCGUGUGGCUCGGAACAUUCGAUUCCGCAGAGGAUGCGGCGCGUGCGUACGAUACGGCGGCGCGUAAUCUCCGGGGACCGAAGGCGAAGACCAAUUUCCCCUUGCCAGAUUCCCCGAACGUUAAUUAUCACCAUCAACCAUACAUGGCUGACGGCGGCGAAGGAGGAGGAGGAGGAUCGGAGGAGAAUCGGGGUACCGGAUUCGGUUCGUCUCCGGUGAACCGUCCAGCGUCGAGUAGCAUGAGCAGCACGGUGGAGUCGUUCAGUGGUCCUAGGGUUUCGAGACCUGGAUCGGAGGUGGUGGUACACCGCAAGAAACCGGUGCAGCCUCGCCCACCGGAUGAUUGCCGUAGCGACUGCGAUUCUUCUUCUUCAGUGGUCGACGACGACGACGACUGCGUCCUCACCUCGUCGUUCCGUAAGGUCCUGCCUUUCGAUCUCAACCUGCCGCCUCCGAUGGAGGAUCACGAUUCCGGCGAAGAUCUGAAGGUGACCGCUUUGUGUCUCUGAUUAUUGGGUUUAUCGUUCUUAAAAGUCUUCCUUUGUUUUUAAAUCAGGAAAAAAAAAUCGAUAAAAUCGAAAAGAAGUUAUAUCAUCUUCGAUCUUGUAUGGAUCGAGAGUGGAGAACAUUACGAUUAAAUCUAUGCAUAUGAUAGAUUCUUACAAGUGGAAUUGGUAUUCUGUUUAUGAUGCUUGAACGAUCUGGGUUUUGUUCUUCGACCAUCUUAUGCUCUCAGCUAAAGAUUUCAUCUGCAACUUGCAAGAUCUUAAGAUGGAUCAGAUUCUGUCCACGUUCCCAUCGAUUAGGACAGGACGUAACCCUUAUUGUUUGAUGAAUCUAUCUGUAGAAAGCUGUGUUUAUUGUUGACAAUA